AAAGCUGUCAGCAACAUUAUUUCUAUCGUUGUAUUUGGAACAAGAUAUGAAUACAAUGACACCCCAGAAAUGCUUCCAGUUUUGGAGGAAUUCAUGCAACUUGGGGAAGGGGCACUUUCCCUUACUGACUUGGCACGGUUCUUUCUACCGCUGAAGAAGAUAUUCGCUCUCAUUGACAAGUUCUAUUCUUUGGCACGACAAGAAGUUGAACGACACCGCCAGUCUUUUGAUCCAACUGACAUCCGGGACUUUAUUGACCUCUUCAUAAAGGUCACCCAAGAGGGACAAGAUCCCGAGAUUUACACAGAAUGGAACGUAUUCCGCAUCAUUAUUGAUCUUUAUUUGGCCGGGACCGACACAACUUCUAACACUUUGAGAUGGUCCCUCAUCCAUAUGGUAAAUCAGCCAGACGUUCAGAAGAGGGUGCAACAGGAAAUUGAUCAGGUCAUAGGUCAAGGUCGUGUUGCCAAGAUGGAGGACAAGGCCAGGAUGCCAUUCACUGAGGCAACCAUCUUGGAAGUCUUUCGUAUGUCAACUGUCGUCACCCUGGGAGUUCCACAUGCCACCAGUGAAACAACCAAAUUGGGCGGAUACACCAUUCCCAAGGGCACCAUAAUACUGGGAGAUUUGUACCGGGUUCUCCACGAUAAGAGUAACUUCGAGGAUCCUUACAAGUUCAAACCAGAAAGAUGGCUGGAUGGUGACGGUAAAGUGACCAAGUCCGACAAACUGAUACCGUUUUCCAUUGGACCUCGUCUUUGCUUGGGCAAGGGGCUGGCUGAAAUGGAAUCUUUCAUCUUCUUCACCACGUUGCUUCAGAAUUUUACCUUCAAGGUACCAGAGGGCGAGAAACCUCCGGAUGGAGUAAAAGGUUUCAACGCAGCCACCUUUUCACCAUACGCCUAUAACGUGUGCGCCGUCAGACGCUAAAAUGAAGGCACAUAGACCCAAACGACAAAACGACAAAGCUUUCAAGGAACUUCAGUUUAGCCUUAACGUACGGUCUCGUAACCCAAAUAUUUAACGUAUUGUUCCGUGGUUCAAGUAUCAAGUGUCCAGCGGUCAGUUGAUGAUCCUAUAUGUCGGACUUGUGGCCAAAGGAUCAGUUUAUCAUACAGCUUGGGUUUAUCCGAAAUCUCACAUAAUCUCGAGUAAGAAAGUGGGAGAUUCAACGGUGAAGUGGCAUGUGAAGUGGUAACGCGAGCGGGUGGCGGUGAGGCUCAGAGUAAAUAACUAAUCGGUUCUCUGGUCCCCUUUUCGUGGAUAACGGUAAUUUGGAAGCAAAUGAACGGCAGGGUGUCACCUCUUGUCGUGCGUUUUACUCUGAAGCUCCCUGGGGAGCUGAAACAAUUUAGUGUAAAAUUUGGAUUCUUGUUGAGUGUCUUGUACAUACGCAAAAUAAGUGGCUGUUGGUGCUUCAGUUGUAGCUGCAGCUGGCGCUGAAGAGGGUGUUUCACGUAACUCAAUGUAACUCAUCGUUGCACUUGGACUGGAAAAGCAAAGAUGUCAUUGACAGCUUGUACUUGAUUUGCACCUUGUUGCACCAGCCACACAAUCCUCAUUAUUGUCAGAGUAUCUUCAUUAGUCCAGAAAACAAAAUUAUUUCUCCCUCAGUUAUCAUCUAGAGCCCGAGGAUGUUUCUUUUACGUCCAUUGAUAAUAAUGUAAAGGGUCAUAUCCCUAUGUAUACUAAUACGUAAUUGAGGUGAAUAAUCAUUUUAAACAUAUAAUUGAUGUGACCCACAAACAGUUUUGAUCAUUUUAAUUUGCUUUCACUUGGAGGGAAAACCCCGCUACCCAGUAUUUCACUUUUGCCCCCUUACUUUCCAAAAUUUAUGGAUCCACGAGUGCACGAGUUGUAUCAAUAUCAGCAGAUUGCGAAAUUGAGAAACACUGUGCUGUCAGGUCCGUAGCCAGGGUAUGGGUGUGAGUGUGUGUGUGUGUGUGUGUGCGUGUGAGGGGGGCUACGGGCCUGACUGUACAUGUGUAUCAUACAGCAUUGACAACAAUCGCUAAUUUUACAUGUACUUACAGUGUAGUAUGUGUUUACUUAAAGGCCAGCAGUGUUGCUAUUUCUUAUAUUUAUAAAGGUUCAAGGCCUUUAAAUAUGAAGCCUUUAAGAAUAAAAA